CUGCACUUUUAACACGAGUAUUUAUCGAGAAGAUGGCGAAAGGAUCCGGAUAAAAGCGUUUACACUGUACCACAUAGCUAUCCGAACUAAUUUAAUCCACUUUCCUAGGUAAACUAAUUUUGUUCGGAUAACCGCUCUCAAAUUCGUGCAGAUAGCGUGGGUCUAGUGUAAACGCGACGCCUAUCUGAGCUAAUUUUGAUGCGGAUAAAAUUUAUCCGGCACCGCGUAAACGGGGUCUAAGGCACCGGGAGUUAGGGUAAAUAUUUUAUUUGGGGAGUGGCUCUAAGUGUUUUUUGACUAAUUGUCAAAAAUUUAUUGCCAGUCAGGGAUCUGGAACUCGGGCAAAAUUUAGAAAGCAUUUUGGUUUUAAUUGAUUGUUUAGGGUUUUGAUAGGGUCUACACUAAAAGGAAACUGAAUCUCUCUGAAUCUUACUCUUGAAUUUAAAAAUACGGAACUGCAAAAUGUUCAUCAAGUCAAUCGUCCAAACAUUGAAAUCACGCGACAAUUAGGACAAUGUCACGUGACAAUUAGGAAACUGCGGUGCUUGUCACGUGACUAAACAAAGUUCGGCAUAAUAACAACACCAGCGGCGUUAUCAAACUUAGUUUAGAUGUGCCUUGGAAGGCAGAUUGUGCAGAAUUUGGCCAUUAAAAUUCAUUUAAGAUGAGCAAAAACGAUAAAGAUUGGACAUUUGUUAAUGAACACGGCUCAGUUGAGGCACUGGCCAAGAAUGGACGAGAGUCUGACUCUGAUCAAGACUUUGAGGUCCUUGCAAAGCCAGGUAAUAUGGUAGGCUUGGCUCAUGAUGUGGUACAAUUUAAGGGUAUUUUCAUCAAAGAGGAUCAUUUUGCUGAUGGAAUGAAAGAUGAUGGGUCUGAUAUUGAAGUUUUGAAAAGGAGCCCAAAAAUAAAAGAAGACCUUUUCAGUGCCAGUGAUACAGAUGAUAAAGAGAGUAUUGAAAUCGUCGAAUCAAGUUAUGAUGAUCAUAAUGCGAUGCAAAAUGGCCACUGGUCUUUGCUUGAGAGUGAUUUGAUUGAUGCUGCAAACAGCAGUGAUUCUGACUAUGAAAAAGUUCAGCAACUUGAUGAUACCUUGACUUCAAAUUCAAUUGAAGGCAUUGAAGACAUUGCAAGUUUGUUUCUUGAAAAUGAAGCAGAAGAUAAACCAGAAGGUUCUGACAGUGAAUCAGAAAAUGAAUAUGAUGGUCUGCACCUCCUCUUUGGAAAGGACAAUGGGCAAGUUACUGGAGUUCAGUUUGAUCUAGAUGCAUUGUUCAAAAAGUUGGAUGAUGUUUCUAACAAUUUCAAGAACAACAAUCAUAGAAACGAUACCAAGGUUACUGAUGAUGGAAUUGUUCUGAGCACAUCAAUGUUUAUCAUUCUUCUGUGUUUGAGUGUAUCUACAGGACUUAUCAUAGGAAAAGGUCUAAUGUGCCUCUCACAGAUGUACAGCCAAGAAAACACUGCUUCAUUAGAUGCUCCAGCUGUUCCCUCUCCCACGCACUUGCAUUCCAGAAAAACCACUGUUGAUGAUGAUGCAACCAAGAAACAUGAAAUGUUAGUGAAAGAGAUGUUGAAGAAUGAAGAUGCUCAGAAGGAUGCAUUUGAUGUUCGCCUGGCAUACCAGGAAAUGCAAGUUAAGUAUCAUCAGCUGCAGAGAAAAUACAGCUACCUUGGCCAACAGUACCAGAUCCAAAAGCAGAUUCUGCUUUUCUCGAAGAAGAUGAAGAAUCUGAAUGACAUCAAAUUGAACUCCAGCAAUGAUCAAGUUAACCACAAGAACCGAUCAAAUGUCCAGAAGGAACUACUAUGGUGGAAAAUGCGUGCUUCAGUGUGGCGAAGAAAGUACCUAGACUUGAAAGUGCAAUUUCUUGAGGCUAAAAAGAAUCUCUCCUUGGUCAGUCAAACAAAUGUAACCUUCAAAGCAUGUGCUGGGCUACUGACAGAAUACAUACCAGAGUUAAAUAUGACGGCGUUGCUGAAGUCGGAAACAAGUGCCCGCAUUGCUAGCAGUGCAAAGAUGUGCUGGAAAAGAGUCUUAAGCCCGGUCAGAGCAGUAAGUGACCGAAUGGGAAGCAGCCUGUUUGGGUUCAGCAGAAGAAUGGACGGAUUCUGGGAACAAGUGAAGAAGAAAUGGGACAAAAAACCGCACCAAGGUAGACAGAACAGCGGCGAUUCAAAAGGAAAAUUGUCCUCUAAGUGGCGAAGGUUCAGGAAAAUGUUCUCAAUGAGUAACAUCAUUGGAUCACUCAAGUUUAAAGACGAGCAGCAGAGGACCCAGAAAUCUUUGCAUGAAGAUGAUGUCAUGACGAAGGAGUAUUGCGAGGCUAUACCACAUUCUAAACGCUCUAACGAGAAUUCAGUUGAAAAGGAUGAAGACGUCAGCUAUUUACCUCCGCAGUCUAAGGGAGAUGCAAACAUGCCACCGGAAAAAUCUGAUAACAGCCCUCCAAAGCCUAUUGACUUUCAUGAGAUGGAUGUGGAAAUUUUGGGACCAAAUGUAUUCUCUCUUAGGAAGCGAGGUUUCAAAGAAUGCGAGAUAGAAAUUGCUGAAAAGAACCCUUCCUCAUCAAGGUUGGAAACAAAAAAAGGAAAGCUGAAGGAAAGGUAUGAAAGUUUUGAAAAUAAAAUGCGUCACCAGUCAAAUAAAAUACGGAAAAAGGAAGAAGAACUUAAAAGGAAGCUCGGUGAUUUUGAGCUGUAUGAAAACAAAAAACGAGAGGAUAUCGAAUCCAAACGAGAAAUAUUAGAAAACAAAAUGAGAAAGCAUUCGAACAGGAAGAGAAGCCAAGAGCGAAUCCUGAAGAAAAGAGAACAGAAAUUGAAAAAUAUUGUCAAGAAUUUGGAGAAGAAGUUUGAAUAUGUAUUUGAAAAGAAGGCAAAAGAAUUGGAACUUAAGAGGAAGAGAUUGGAAAAGAAGCUUAAAAAUCUAAUAAAAAAGAAUAUCAAAGAGAGGAAAGUGCUUGAUAAAGAGAAGGCUAAGUUUAAGAAGAGGGCGAACAAAUUGCAGUUAAAAUUAAAACGAAAUGAGGAGGAACUUGCCAAAAAACGCAAGGAAUUUGAGUCAUGGAAUGCGGAGAUGAAACAAAAAAUGAUGCAAGAAAGCUCAAGUCGGCAACACAUGGGAGAACAGAAACUGAAAGCGAAGGAAACAGCCAUGAUGAAGAAAAUGGCUGAAAAAAUUAAACGAAAAGAAGAGAAACUAGAGCGAAAAGAGUCUGUUAUUAAUAUCAAGUUAGACCAGCUAAGAUCUGCACUGCGACGGCUGGUGAAGGAGGAGCGAGCGAGGACGGAAGAAAUUGCCAUGAAAAAUAACGAGCUAAGAAAGAAACAAAACCAGGUGGAUAUGAUGAAGCUUUUUUAUGGGAGUGUUCUAAAACAAGAGAAGGAAAAGCAUGCCAAAGCGAAAGAAACAGUUUUGCACAUGAAGCAGCGGAUAAUUAACUUAAAUGAAAUGCACAAAGAGAUUACCAAAAAAUAUAAAAUUGUGCAAGAGAAUUUAGCAAAAGAACGAAAGCAUUUGGGAAGGGAAGAGUCAAUGACAGUCACUCACAAACCAACUGUUUAUUGUCCUGACCAACACUCUUGCCAAGGCCUAAACGUCAGAGGCUAUGCUGUAACCAAGGUCACACAUAAGAGUACCGGAGUCCCUCUUGUUUUUUGUCCAGAUAAAGAUAACUGUCAAGGUGACAAAAGUAAGUUUCGUCAAUUCGGAGAAUUUGAGAAAUUCUUUAGAGAGAAGAAUUGGCAAUGGGAUGCAAUUCAAGCAGAGGCAAAGGUUCUGAAGAAAAAUACAGCGUUGCGGCCAGUGCCACCCCAUGCAAAUGAUGUGGCGAAGGUGAAUCCAUUUUUCUUCGGUCUCAAUAUUCAGAACAACGAGACAUCAAGCGAUGCUGGUCAACACCAACCUGAAGGCGCCAAGCCAAAGCAACAGCAGCAGGAGAAACAUGAAAAACAGCAAGAUUCAAAGUGGUACUUCAAUCUGAUGCAAGAACGAGCCAAGCAAAGAGCCAUUCCUUGGAGCUGGUACCUGUACUGGAGCCAAGGUAGGACAGGCUGGCGCAAUGCUGUUGGCAAGGAAGAUGGCGAUAACUGGUACUUGAAAGCAAUGCAUGAACGCGAGCGGCAGCGCGAUACACCGGUCGAUUGGUACUUCAAACGUGGCAAAGGAAACGUAGAAGAUUCUGUGCAGUCAAGCUGGCUUAUCAAUCGUGGCAAAGGUCGUGAAGAUGCAAGAAAGAAGGAGGGCGUCUACUAUUGCUGGUAGCAAUAUAAAGACAGUUGUUCUUGACAUUCUAUUAAAUGCUUGGUACUUGAAUAACUGAGCACUCAGGUGAACCGACUGCAAAUUGCUAUAGCUGCAUGCACAUCAGUUGCCACAAUUUCAUCCAGUAAUACUUAACACCAUUAAAAACUUUGGAUGUAGGAAUAUGUUUAUUAUAAUAAUCGUAUAUCAGGGUAGAUGUUAGGUAUGCUGAAGUUUGGUAUGCUGAAUUGUUAUUACAUUAAAUUCAAAGUUCUCCUGUCAAAAUUUUGCACCCCAUUACACUAAGUGCACUAAACAACAGUUUGGCAUGACAUUUUUAGUAGCUUGGUUGAAUAGGUGAUAAAAUCUCAUCUUUUUUUAAACCCUGACCCAGAUAAAUUUUUCCAGAGAAAUUUAUAUCUAGGGCAUGUUCUUACUUAUCUUUUGGCAAAUUAAGCCUCUGUGUUCUGGUGUAGAUGAGGUAAAUUAGUGUCAAGUUUCCAAACAGAUCUCUAAAAGAAGUUGAACUAUCCUAACAGUACCUAGAAUUUGACAUUGUUCUAUCCAAAAAUAAUAAGAAAAAAUAUAGAUAUUUAAUAUUUGCUUUGAGGGUAUUUUAGGCUGCAUUAAAGCUCUUUGCAUCAUUGUAGUUUUAUUUAGCAUAGUUUAUUGAGCUUGCCCGUAACUAUGUUUUGCUGACUCCACUUGAAUCAUAACAGAAUUCACCCAUUUAGACUUGAACUUGUGAGCUGAUAAACAUUGCCAUGCCAUUACUAUUUGAUUUGAAAAUAUCAAACUUUUUUGUGAGAACAUUAGUAUGGAGUUGCUUUAAAAAAUGACACAGUAUUUAUAACGUUUGGUACUCUUUAUAAGCAUGUUGGUUUGUAGGUCGAUAUUAACUUAAAUAGCAUGGUCCUGUUGUAUGCUUACAUUUGUUUUGCUAAGGAAUUUGUAACCUUAAUAUUUUGUUUACCAAUUAAUAAAGAUUGUAAACACUUGGAAAUAUUUCUCAUGUAUUUCAUUGCAGAAUGCUCUUCCAAAGAGAAAAAAAUCAAUACUAGGAAAAUGAGAAC